AUGAGAGUGAGAGAUUCAAAGGCCUUGUUCCUACAGCAACUGCGCAAGACACAUUUGCACUACACAGGACGCUCCUUAGAGAUGAAUCUGCUUUUGCCACUUAUUAAUUCCUGGGAAAACACAAGCCUGACUGAAGAGUGCCUAUCUGCUCGACUUACCAAAUUAAGAUACACAAGCCAAAAGAGGUCGUACAGAAUCAUACACAACCUCCCUCGCAGAGUUUCUCUCACAGUCUCACAAACGUGCGCGCGAAAAUACACAUUCCCUCUGCUAGAUCUCUCUCACACAGUCUCUCGCUCGUUGGCCCCGCCCCGCCCUGGCCCCUCCCCCGCGUGGGCUCCGCCCCAGCAGCCGAGGGCGGGGCGAGCCGGUGACAGGAGGGGCAGGGCCGCGGCCGGGCUGGUACUUCUGGCGACCUGGCCAGCCCGGCGCGCUCUGGAGACGCCUGACAGCGGCGAGUGCGGCCGGUCCAGGGCGGCCCACGGGCGGCGAUCGCUGCCUCCCGCUUCGCGGCUUGGCCCCUCGGGCAGCCGUCCCGGGCAGCGGGAGUUGGCUGCGGGAUGUGCUCGGCCGGAGAGCUGCGUGGUGGCGGCGGCGGGGGCAGCGGCGGGGAGCACGACGAGAACGGGGACGCGCUGGCUGAGCGGGCGGCGGCGGGGACGGAGCCGGAGCCGGAGCCCGGGGCGACCCCGCGGCGGCGCGGGCGGCGGCCAAAGGAGGAGCUGGAGCAGGAUAUUGAAGAAUCGCAAAAUAACACUGGUGAGCCUGUUGGAGAUGACUACAAAAAGAUGGGAACACUUUUUGGUGAACUGAACAAAAGCCUCAUCAGCAUGGGCUUCACAAGAAUGUAUUUUGGAGAACAAAUUGUAGAACCAGUGAUAGUCAUUUUCUUCUGGGUUAUGCUGUGGUUCCUUGGCCUACCAGCCCUUGGACUAGUUGCUAUUCUUUGCCUUGUCAUUAUU